GCCCACUUCAUCAUGGUUCCUUCAUUCACAUUCGGUCUUUUGCGUUGUACACGCACCUCCACUCGCUUUCGUGCUUUUUACCUUCUUCGUUUCUUAACUUUCAGCAUUGCAAUAUGAAGUUCUCUACUUUUGGAGCUGCGCUCCUUCCUUUUAUCGCGUCGACCGCGGGUGCUGUUCAGCUUGAUCCGAAUGAUGAGGCGUCUAUUAAGGCGGCCGCAAGAAGUUAUGCGUAUGGCUUGAUGGAACUUUACAAGAACAACGCUACAGGAACUGCGGAGCAGGAUAUAGGGGUAUGGCCGCAGCCGCAUUACUGGUGGGAGGGUGGCGCCGCAUGGGGAGGCAUGAUUGAGUAUUCAAUGUUCUCGGGCGAUUCUUCGCAUGUCAAGGCGCUCCAGCAGGCCCUGACUGCCAACUACGGACCCAGCAACGACUUCAUCCUAUCUUACCGCAAGGGCCAGACAGGAAACGAUGACCAGCUGUUCUGGGCGCUCGCAGUCAUGUCGGCGCUCGAGUACCAGUUUCCGGACGCCGACUCGGCCCCUGCCGACUACCUGGAGGUUGCCGUGAACGCUUUCAACAACGUCAUGGGACGCUGGGACACCACUACCUGCGGUGGAGGGCUGAAGUGGCAGAUCUACCCCGAGAACGCAUACGGUUACAACUACAAGAAUUCCAUCUCCAACGGAUGCGCCUUUGCCUUGGGCGCGCGCCUUGCUCGCUACACUGGCAACUCGACAUACUCGGACUGGUCCGAGAAGAUCUACGACUGGACCAAGUCGGUUGGUCUGAUCACUGACAUCUACGAAGUCUUCGACGGUGUUGAUGACAAGACGAACUGUGCUGCCGUCGCGGACAAGACCCAAUGGACUUACAACAACGCCAUGUUCCUCCACGGUUCCGCUUUUAUGUACGACGUCACGAAUGGUGCGAGUAUCUGGAAGGAACGUGUCUCCGGAUUUCUCUCCCACGCUGAGCUUCUCUUCUUCAGCGCAGAGACCAAGGACAACAUCAUGUACGAGUGGGCGUGCGAGACUGGAGAGUCGGGCCGUACCUGCAACCUCGACCAGCAGUCGUUCAAGGCUUACCUGUCCCGCUUCAUGGCACAGACUGCGGCUGUUGCUCCCUUCACCAAGGAUUCAAUUAACAAGUAUCUCACAGCGUCUGCCGUCGGAGCUGCAAAGUCCUGCUCGGGUGGAGACAACAAAGCUACCUGCGGUUCGAAGUGGUACACCGGUAGCUGGGACGGAACAUCUGGCGUUGGCCAGCAGCUUUCGGCCUUGGAGGUCACUAAGGCACUGUUGUCGCUGAAGCAGAACAUUGUGCCUGUCAAGCAGGGCGCUUCAGAGCCAAAGCCUACUACGACCGUCACACCCAAGCCUAGCUCGACACCUGCUGCUAAACCUACUUCGGCCGCUACCAGCAAGCCAGCUGAGUCAAGUAAGCCAGCUGAGGUCCCUUCAUCCAGCAAGGCAGCUCCCGUCAACAGUGCUACGGUUCCUUCGACCAAGGAGGUUGUAUUCACUUCUGCUGUCGUAGUCUCCUCCACGAAGUCCACUGCGGCAGCAGCGGUCUCUACUCAGAAGCCUGCCGGCUCGUCCGCUGGUGUUGCCUCAUCUUGCCUGUCAAGGACGACGGUUACAGUCACCAUCUCGAAGCCGUCCGGUGUUAACACGACCUGCACACCCAGCACUACGCUCACUGUUUACGUUCCUCCCGUCACAUCGGCUCCGGUUGUCCCGUCUGGCGCAACAACUAGCGCGCCUGUCGUCCCACCGGUCCUGACUACACUCGCUCCUGCCGCACCGUCUGCUAAUGUCAGCGUGCCUGCUAAUGGCAGUGUACCUAGCUCAACAGCACCGGCAGAGUUCCAGGGUGCUGCAUCUAGCAUCAUGGUGAUGGGCGGCUCUACCCUAGGCGCCAUCGCUGUUGCCAUGGUUGCUGGUCUGUUGUAGAGCAGGCUUCUGGCAUGUCAGCUUCCGCUUCUUUGUAGUCCCUUGGGGCAUUUAUUCGUUGUACAUAUACCCUUCAUAUCAAGGCCUGGCCGAGAUGCAGCCAUACAUAGCACGGUUCACAGAUUGUUUAUAGACGAUGUUAGAACCAGCAAAUUCGUAAACGCCAUGUUGCGCGCUUUCCGUGACGU